ACCAAUUUUCUAUUCAUAACCAUAACAAAGCCUCUCUUCUUCUUCUUCAUCAUCCUUCUUUACUCUUUACAUGUUUCUCAAAGGAAAUAUCAUUUGAACAUACACUCAAAAGUUCAUAUGGAUUCCAUACUCAACAUUUUCAUCAUCUUUCUUUGACCAAAACCCAUAAUUUUCGCCGAAAAGAAGAGAGAAAAUAGUCUUUUAGGAGAUGGGAAGAGCACCUUGUUGUGAUAAGGCCAAUGUGAAGAAAGGCCCAUGGUCUCCUGAAGAAGAUGCUAAGCUCAAAUCCUACAUAGAGAAGCACGGCACAGGCGGUAAUUGGAUCGCUUUGCCUCAGAAGAUCGGGUUAAGGAGGUGUGGAAAGAGUUGCCGCCUUAGAUGGUUAAACUAUCUAAGGCCAAAUAUAAGGCAUGGAGGAUUCUCUGAGGAGGAAGAUAACAUUAUUUGCAGCCUCUACAUUAGCAUUGGAAGCAGGUGGUCCACAAUUGCAUCAAAAUUAUCGGGAAGAACGGAUAACGAUAUCAAGAAUUACUGGAACACGAGGCUGAAGAAGAAAUUCCUCAGUGGCCAAUUGAACGGAAACUGUGCCAAAAGAGACGACUGCGAUUACAUGAGCAUGAUGAAGCAAGAAGUGAACGAAGAUGCCAUGGCUACUUCUUUGGUCACUAGCAGCCAUGACACUCAUCAUCAUGGCCAAAACCUUAAUUGUUCAUUGGAAGUGCCUUACAAUCUCCCAAACCAAUCUUCAUCUCUCAAAGAUUUUAUUCUCGAGCUCGAUGGAAGAUUCUCCAAUGGAGAAGAAGACGGGCGAGGAACAACGUCGGGAAAUAACAGCUUCGCUUUGCAACAGUUGCCUUCUUCCUCACUCUCAGCCUCGUCCAUCGAAUAUACAACACCUCAGGCAAUGUUACAAACCGAAUUUGGAACCAAACAUAGCGAGACGGGUUUUCAGACGGCGUCACGGCAAAGCGAGUACAACUACGACGACGGGUUAAUGUUUUCGUACACAAUGACUUGCGGAGAAAGUAAUAUGGGUUCUUGGAGUUACAUUGCUUCUCUAAUGGCUCUCACUCCUUCCUGCUACUCAGAUGACUACAACCUUACUAUGCAACCAGAGUUGUAAUUAUCAAAGUCGCAGUUGUAGUGUUAUUGUGUCUUUUGCUUGCAUGUGUGUGUGUAAUUGAGCAUGUCGGAAUUCCUAUUUGUUUCAUGCUUCUGUAGAUAUGAACUAAUUAAGGUUUUAGGUCUAAUUAAGGCUUGUAAUU